GUUUUUUUUUUUCUUUUCUUCUCUGAUUGGGUCUCAAAAUCAACUUCAACAACGAGUUCAAUUCUAACCUCCCAAUUCCAGAACAUUUCUGCCUUUGCCCCUUUUUUAACAAGAUUCCUCAACCAACCAUUUCAGCUCUCUGUAUCCUAUUACUUCAGAAAUCAGAAUGUUGAGAGUGAAUUUCACUAAUAAUUGAUCACAGUAAAAAAAAAAAAAGAGUGAUAAACCUAAUCUGAAACGGAGUAGAGUAAAAAAACCUCUGUUUUUCCAAGUGAGAUUGGAAAACACAAUGAGGUCUCAGCACUCUCAGAAGAAACCCGCGCUUCUACCUCUAGUUUGCGCUGCUGCUCUUUUUUCUCUUGUUGUUUUCGCAGUACAAUCUUCUUUCUUCUCAGGUCCUACUAACAAAAAAUUAGAUCUCAGUAAAGAACAACUACCCGUAUCAGAUCUCAACAGGGAGGAAGUGGGGAUUUUAUCUGAUUUUCAGACCAGCAUUAAACAAUGCGUCGCGAACAGAGGACUUGGACUCACUGCACACAUUAUCGAUCAUUGCAAAUUGGUUCUUAAGUUUCCUCAAGGCACAAACAGCACCUGGUAUAAUGAGCAGUUUAAGGUUUAUGAACCAUUGGAGUACAGUUAUGAUAUUUGUGAUACCAUUAUAUUGUGGGAACAGUACCGUAACAUUACAACUGUUUUGACUAGAGAAUAUCUAGAUACUCGGCCAGAUGGAUGGUUGGACUAUGCAGCAAAAAGGAUUGCACAAUUGGGAGCUCAUAAAUGCUUCAAUCGAACUCUUUGUGAAGAACAUCUUAAUUUGCUUCUACCAGCUAAGCCCCCUUUCCAUCCACGGCAGUUUCGCACGUGUGCAGUUGUUGGGAACUCAGGUGAUCUUUUAAAAACAAAGUUUGGGAAAGAAAUUGAUAGUCAUGAUGCUGUUAUACGAGACAACGAGGCUCCUGUCAAUGAGAAAUAUGCCAAAUAUGUUGGUCUUAAGAGGGAUUUCCGCCUUGUGGUACGGGGUGCUGCUCAAAACAUGGUUGAAAUUCUCAAUGGAUCUGAUGAUGAGGUGCUUAUAAUCAAGAGUCUAACCCAUAGGGAUUUUAAUGCAAUGAUUAAGAGGAUUCCGAAUCCUGUUUAUCUGUUUCAAGGAAUUGUUCUACGUAGGGGUGCCAAAGGAACUGGAAUGAAAUCUAUAGAGCUAGCACUUUCCAUGUGCGACAUUGUUGAUGUAUAUGGUUUCACUGUCGAUCCAGGCUAUACUGAAUGGACGAGGUACUUCUCUACACCAAGGAAAGGGCAUAAUCCACUUCAAGGAAGAGCAUACUAUCAACUGCUAGAGUGCCUUGGUGUUAUCAGGAUUCAUUCUCCUAUGAGAGCCAAGAGGAAGCAAGUCUGGUCAGAUGUCCCAAGUAGAGAAAUGAUAAGAAGGGCUCAUGCAGCUGCCUUGCACUUAAAAAAGGGCCCAGCAGGUCUCAUGGGACAGUUUGGUAGUUGCAAGGUUUGGGGCAACGUGGACCCGAACAAAAGUGGGCGGAUUUCAGGUUCUUCAGACAUGAUUAGUGUUAGGAAACAGUCAAAUUACAGCAAAUGGGAAAUCAUGCCUUUUGAGAGUCUAAGAAAGGAAGCGCAAGAUCAUUAUAAGCAAAUGGAAGGUGUUUCUAUGUACAAAAUGGAUGGUAACAAAUUGGAUGAUCUAGUAUGCGUGAGGCACUCCUCGAAAUCUGCGGUAUAAGAAAUGUUACAUGCAUGUUGGUGCCC